AUGGUCUGGCCGUGGGAGGGCUGCAAAGGUCGUACGUGGUCAGCUUGGGCAGCGAAGCAGCCCCUGGAGGGAUCCAGAAUCAGAGUUUCUGGCAGUACACCUAGUUUUGAUCAGGAUGCGUGCAGACUGUCAGCAAAAGUGGACUAUCUUGUGAGUGGAUCACACCAGACAUCUUUCUGGCUCAGUAUCCAGUCUUCAGCAGCCAGUGGUAGUAGAAGCCUAGAUAAGAGUCAAAGGACAUCUCCAGAAAGCAAUCAUACUCCUCCAGGAAACAAUCCCAGCAUCGAGGAAUCUGUGGCUCAGCCUGAUACCAAUCCUCGUGAGGAGCUCUCUUAUUCUGCACCGUCGUCCUCUUUAGCCACCUUUGCAAUUAUUUCCAUUCUUUCCCAGGUACAAACACACUUGGAAAAUCAGUCUAGAUACCACAUACAGCAAAGCCAGAGGCACCAGGUGAAGCAGUACCUGACCCUCGACACCAAGCUGUCCAGCCAGACGCUCUCCCUGUCGCACUCCCACACAAUCCAGCCUGUGGGAGUGACCUCCAUUUUACGAAACGGACACAUGCCUCCUGUCAGCGAUAUUGGCACGCCAGAAAGCCCUGUUACCAAGCUGCUGGCCCUUGGAGGCGAACACGAAAAUGCGAUGGAAGAGGUGAUUGAAGACAUAAUCAAUAUGGAAUCAAGUUUUAAUGAUGAAGGGAUAGGUUGUUCUGAAACUCCUCUACUAAUGCAAAGAACUCUAUCUAGCAGCAUUUUGGAUAUAUAUAACAGUGACCAGGGAAUGGCACCAGCUAAUAUGGGUCUCACAAAUGCUUCCUGCCCAGCUAAUCUACCAGUAAAAAGGGAACUCACAGAAGCAGAUACACGAGCAAUGGCAAAGGAGAGACAAAAAAAGGAUAACCACAAUCUCAUUGAGAGAAGAAGAAGGUAUAAUAUUAAUUACCGAAUCAAGGAGCUUGGCACACUCAUCCCCAAGUCUAAUGAUCCUGAUAUGCGCUGGAACAAAGGAACUAUUUUAAAAGCAUCAGUGGAGUACAUCAAGUGGCUACAAAAAGAACAACAGAGAGCCAGAGAAUUAGAACACAGGCAGAAGAAAUUAGAGCAUGCUAACAGAAGACUUCUACUCCGAAUUCAGGAACUAGAGAUCCAAGCGCGUGCACACGGCCUUCCAGUCAUGUCUUCACUCAGUGCUGUUGAUUUAGCUGCACAGGUCAUCAAGCAACAGUCUUAUCCAGAGGAGAACUCUGUAGACUACUCUCAACAAAUGCCUCUGGCACAUGGACCAAACUCUGAUGCUUGCGAUGGAUCUACAGCCUUUUCUGAUCCACUUUCACACUUCACGGAUUUGUCCUUCAGCGCAGCUUUAAAAGAAGAACAACGGCUAGAGGAAAUUUUACUGGAUGACACGGUGUCGCCGUUUGGAACAGACCCACUCUUGUCCUCCACGUCCCCAGCCGCGUCGAAAGAGAGCAGCAGGAGAAGCAGCUUUAGCACAGACGAUGGAGAUGAUUUAUAAAAGCAGAAAGGGCCUCAUACUUCUCUAAACCACUUGCUAAAAGACUGAGUUGAACAUAAGCAUGGUGUUUGUGCUUAUUUUAAACAUGAACAAGGAGAGCCACUGUGAAGAGAAGUUACUACAUGACAAGGGCUUAAAUCAGCCCUUACUUCACAAGAAAAUGAGAUAGAUGGACAUGAACUCAUACCACUUUGCCUCAGAUUCACACCCUCUGUUCACAGCUGACAUUUGCACAAAUCUUUCUUCACUGGG